AUGAAUUUUGAAAUCCCUCCAGCUCUCAAUGAGUACAUCUCCCGCAUCGACGACUUCAGUAAGUCCUUCGACGAGGACACCUCAUUCCACGAGACCUGCUUGGCUGAUGCUAGUCAAUAGUCGAACGUGAGAUUCGCCCUUUGCAGGAACAGGACGACAAUCAACGAUUCUUCGAUCAUCGUAGAGAACAUGCGCGGACAGACUGGGACAAGGGUGGCCUGCCACGCGAAGAGUGGGAGCAACUGUUAGCUGAAGCAAGAAGAAGGGCAGACAAGGCUGGUUUCUAUCGCUUCAGUCUUCCGAGAGAAUAUGGCGGACAAAAUGAGGCAAGUGGAAGAGGGAGCAAUCUUUGGAUGGCCGUAAUAAGAGAACAUCUGGCCAGCAAAGGGCUCGGUCUAUUCAACGAUCUCCAGAACGAACACUCCGUCGUUGGCAACUUCCCGGACAUUGUGAUGGUACAGCACUUUGGUAAUAAGCAGCAGAAGAAAGAACUCAUCCAUGGAAGACUGGCUGGGAAGGUGAGGAUAACGUUCGGGUUAACAGAGCCCCAGCAUGGAAGUGAUGCAACGUUCAUGUCGACGAAAGCAGAAAAGCAAUCAGAUGGCAGCUACAUCAUCAACGGCGGCAAGAUGUGGCAGACCGGGAUGCAUGUAGCAACCAAUUGCUUCAUCUUUGCGAGAACCAGCGGGAAAGACGGGCACGCCAGGGGGAUCACCUGUUUCAACGUCCCAGCCAAUGCACCGGGCCUCAAGGUGGAAUCAUACGAAUGGACGCUCAACAUGCCGACAGAUCACGCUACAGUGUCUCUGACGGAUGUCCGCGUUCCCGCCGCUUCCAUAAUAGGUCCUCUUGACGGUGGACUCGCGAUUGCCCAAGCUUUUGUGCACGAGAAUCGGAUCAGACAAGCCGCCUCUUCUCUCGGAGCCGCGGUGUAUUGUGUGAACCAAGCUGUAGAAUACGCUCGCAAGCGGCGAACUUUCGGCAAACCGCUGGCGUCGAACCAGGCCAUCCAGUUUCCACUCGUCGAACUUGCUACACAGUGCGAGAUGCUCCGCCUCCUCAUCCGCAAGACUGCAGUUGAUAUGGAUACGAUGCCGCAUGCGGAGGUCGAGCAGAAGGUCAGCGACAAGGUCAGCAUGUGCAACUACUGGGCGAAUAGACUAUGCACUCAGGCGGCGGAUCGCGCGAUCCAGACCUUCGGCGGUUGGGGUUAUAGUAGACAGUAUCCGUUUGAACACAUCUGGCGACAUCACCGGCGGUACAGAAUCACAGAGGGUAGUGAAGAGAUUCAGAUGCGCAAGGUUGCUGGGUACCUAUUCGGUUUUACGGGUCCGAAGAAGGAAAUGGUCGCGUCAAAGCUGUAGAGAUGGAGUCGAGGCUGGGCGGUUUCGAUACGUCUGUGCAUUCACAUGAAUUUAAGGUUAUACGCGGCUUCUGCCGCUGCCGAUGAGUUCGCCGACGAGCUCAAGAACUCGCUUCCCAUUCUUCUGAACUCUUGCGUCUACACAACCUUGACCUCGCAGAUUGCUUGCCGCCUUUGCGAGGUUUCCAUCAUGGAAGACAGCUCCGACAUCGCUUAUUUCGAGCACGUCAAGGUCGCCUGCAAGCGAUGCUUGGAACAGUCCCGUGUGCUGGGCGAGGGUGAGUCAAAUGUCGUUACUUGCUCGACAAGUGCAGUACUAAUCCCGCGCAGAGUUGGAGGACCAAGGCCAGCCCAUGCACGCUGCUGCUCUGAAGGCGUAUGUCGACCAAACCGCCGUCACUGAUGACAUCGAACGCUGCGAGUUGCGCACCAAGUUCGGCGGUUGCAUCACGAAGUCCGGAUUGUUAGAGCGGGUGGACGACGACGAUAUCGGCUGGUUUGCGGAUAUUGAGGUUGCGUGUCGAGUCUGUCUGUCGGCGAUGAAGAGUAACUUUCUCGAAGGUCAGUCCUUUGAACAUGUCCGCAUCCGAGCACAGCACUGAUGGUACGGCAGAUCUGAAGAAGGCGAACAAGAAGGUACGAUAUCAGAGAGCACCACUGUUCCCAAGAGACAGCUCCACAUGACUGAGCCACUGGAUGGCCUCCCAACCUUCCGAUCUGCUUUCCUUUUGUCUGGGAUACUAGCUGACGUACGACCGUUCUGCUUGGCAGGCCCGGGCUGCUGCCCUGGAGAGUCACAUCAGCCAAAUUGAAAAGACCGAUGACAGAGACCGCUGCGAUGCCAAAACCAAAUAUGAUCGAUGUAUCGCACCAGAUCUCGAGGCGUUUCUCGAGCGUGCCUUCUUGCCUGAAGAAGAAGUGGAGGUGGUGUGCAAUUCUUGCCACCAGUACCUGCAGCGAAAAGCGAGCCGUAAGUUUCUCCUCAACCUGCUCAUCCAAGCGUUUUCUCCCCAUCCCGCGUCGUCUGCUCCUUCCCACCGCCAUCCUCAGGAGAAUCUGCUGGGACGGCAAACAAGGACUGAUUGGAGAUCGUGCAGACAUCAAAGAACAUCGAUUCGAUCCGGACACCGUCAAGUACGUCCAUCAUCUGGAGCAUCUGCGGCGCACGAACAACGUGGCUGAGUGCGAGUACAUCAUGUGCGACUCGAAGCCCCGGCUGCCACAUGGACAUGCCGCAUGCAAAGCAAGAGACCCAGGUGUUUGCGAUUGCGAAUGCCUGACCCGGAAGCCGCUCCACGUCGAAAUUCUUCGCUAUAUCAGAAAGAUUGAACACACCCAUAAGAAGCUCACGGUGGCGUAUGAGGUGGAGCAGAAUUUGCGAGAGCAAACGAAAGCCGCGAAGAUCGUGGACUUGAGCGUGCCGUGCGACGACGCGCGGCAGGUCUUGCAGGCCAGCUCGAGAUUGCUGAAUGAGUUGACGCUCGGUGAAGAGAAGUAUGUUACUGCAUAUUCCCCGCCCCGCCCCCCCGGCCCCCCCCCCCCCCCCCGCCGCCCCCCCCCCCCCGCCCCCCCCCCCCCCCCCCCCCCCCCCCCAGGCCAAACACUCAACUGACCAAACUCCGCAGGAUCGAGACCAUACCUGGUCGACCGCUGUGCCACGUCCCAAAAGAGGACUUCCAUUGCCACCACGGAAAGAUGAGUGCCUACGCUCCUGCCAAUUGCGACUGCACUCUGACGGCAUGCGAUUGUAGCCACUGUAUCCUCAAGCACGUCAAGCACUGCACAGAAGACUACGAGGACGCGGUGUCGCGAGUUAGCGUCGGCAUCACCAAACUACGUGCCGCGCCUCGACAGACCCCUCAGAACUAUGCAGCAUUGUAAGUGGACGUGUGGACAUCCCGUUGAUUGUAACUAACACGAUGUAGCACUGAGAAUGCUCCUAGCACUGCCAGUGGACCCGGUGUCUCUAGUGUCCGCAAGGGAAGUCAUUUAUCCCGCUAUGCAGCUGCGCGGAAAGAUGCACACAAUUCGCGGCGCUGA